ACUGUCAGGUUUGUAGGUAUCACUGAGUUUGCUCCGGGAAGUGGGUGGGUGUUGAACUGGAGGAGGGGCAGGUGCAAGAAGAAGCAACAGGAGUGGUGUGGAACAGGGAGAAGGAAUGAAGACAGUACUUCCACUGGCACGCGGAAGAACACAGACGAGGACUCUUUGUCAGGUCCACCCAACUGCAGGUUGUGGUGACAGAGGAAGUGAGUGGAGAGGUGGCCGAUCUCCAGCAGAAACUGGCCAUCCUCCAGUCCAAGAGACAGGAGGACAAGGCCAGACUCAAGGAACUGGAGAAAUACCGCAUACAAGUCCAACAGUUGAUGGACUACAAACUCAAGUGGAGCGAGUCACAGACUGAAUUGCAGCAGCAACUGAAGGCAGCCAAAAAGGAGGUACGAGAGGCGCAGUUGGCCAAGGAGAAGGCAGAGGAUGAGUACAGAGAGUUGGCUGAUGCCGUAGAGAUGGCCACACUCGACAAGGAGAUGGCCGAGGAGAGGUGUGAGAGUCUGCAGACUGAGGCGGAGGCGCUGAAGGAGAAGAUCGAGGAGCUGACAAUCGACCUGGAGAUUAUCAAACAGGAGAUCAGUGACUCGGGGCUGGAGGGUGUGGCCAGCAGCGCAGAGGUCAAGCAGCUGGAGCAGCAGAACUCUCGACUCAAAGAGGCCCUCAUGCGGCUGCGAGAUCUGACGGCCCAGGACAAGCUGGAACACCAGAGAGUGGUGAAGGACCUGGAGAAGGCGCACUCUGACCUCAAGGCAGCUCUGGAGACCAGAGACAAGAUGCAGGCUGAGCUCAAGGAGUCUGAUGCCUUAGUGGAUGAACUGAAGGAACAGGUGGAUGCAGCUCUGGGGGCAGAGGAGAUGGUGGAGACACUGACCAACAAGAACCUGGAUCUGGAGGAGAAGCUGGAGGAACUCACAGACACCGUCACUGAUCUCGAAGCCCUGAGAGACCUGAGUGAAGAGCAAGAGGAGCUGAGGGGUGAGGUGGAACACGACCUCAGGGAGGAGGUGGAUAUGACGCUCAACCGUGUCCGACAGAUGGAGAUGAAGCUGGAUGCCAGUCAGGAGACCAUCGUGGACCAGCAGCAGACCAUAGAGAAGUUCCGAGAGCUGGUGCGGGGGAUGCAGGGGGAGAUCGGGGAGCUGAGGGCCAAGGGGGAGCAGCGGGCUGCAGAGGACACGGUGCCCCAGGCUCAGGCCAUGAUGAGUCUCCAGACUCAGCUCAAGUCCUCUGCCAUGAAACAGACCUCCAGGACUGUGGAGUUUGAGCUGCGGAAACUGGAGGCCCAGCAGGCACUGCAGCAGGUGGACCUCCUCAAGACUUUCAUGCCCAACUCCUUCCUCGUCAGCGGAGGAGACUACGACGCCAUACAGGUGUUAAUGCUACUGCCUAGAAUCGUCUUCAAGGCUGACCUGGUAACGGAUCAGCUCAAACAACAGUUCAAGAUGGACGAGGCUCUGGGCUCACUCAGCAAGCUGCAGGCAGGACCCCAGGUGGACCAGCUGGUGUUUGCUUCAUCCCUCAUCUACAAACUCUCCAUCCUUCAACUCCUGGUUGCAAAGGCACAGAAGGUCCUGGACACGUGUGAGGUGCAGCUGUACCGACAGAUGGGAGGUCUAAGAGACGACCUGAUGGUCCACGAGAGGGCUCUGGACGUCCUCAUUGAGCUGAUGAAGAAGGAGCAGCUGGACGAGGGCGUUCCUCUCCACGGCAUCGAGAAAGGAAUCAGCCACUUUGAGCACCUGCUCCAGUCUCGUCUGGUGGAGGUGAACCCUGACCCCAGUCCCCGGCAGCUGGGUGACGUGGUGAGGGUGAUGAUCAGUGGGGCCGACUUCCUCACUCUCGACAUGCUCAGACUCAGACUCCUGGCUCCGGUCAGCACCCACCACUGUUCAUAACUAACACCUAGUACCUUGACUGUAGUCUGUACAGUCGAAUUUCCGAUAAGGGACCCUUAGAGACAGGGACAGCCUCUCAUCGAGUUUCAACCCCAUGAACUUUAGUGCAUUAUUUGACCUCCGAGUAUACAGAUGACUUCUCUAAAAGGGACAAAAUCGUUGGCCCCAUAGUGCCCCUUCUUCACAAUCUCCUGAACUUCAUAAUAUGAAUUUUUCACCACUUGCUGCGUGUUAGAGAGAGAAAGGGCAGUUUGUGGCUCAAAUCAAGGAACUGGAGAGCUUCAACAACGACCUGAGGGUCGUGUGCAGAAAGAUUCGCAGGAAGAUCCCCACACCGGGCGGGGCCCACACCCUGAGCUACGGGAGUGUGGCGGAGGGAGGUCUGACCGGAGUGAGACAGAAGCAGCUGCAGAUGGCCAACACCGUCAGAGCCCUUUACUCCAAGUGUAGCCAGCGGGCCAGCAGCCUCACUGAUGGAGAGUAUCUGAAGGGAGGAGAAUUGGAGGAGUACAUGAGACAGGUGGUCACCACAGGUCCCCUGCAGGAGGCCGGGCCCGAGACCCUCCCACCCAAAGACAUAAUGCGAUCUGUGAUGUCGACCAACACCAAGACGGUGGAGGCAUUCCUCACUGCUCUCCAGAACGGCGAGUACGAUGCUCCUGCUCCCAGGACUAAGGUGAAGCCGCCAGUGCAGACCCGUGCAGACAUGGUGAAGGCAGAGCUCAGUGACACUGAGGGUCUCGGCUUCAAGUUGGGGGAGAGACAGAGGGACAUCAUGCAGCUCAAGACUGCCUUGAAGAUGAAGGCGGAGGCGCUGAGUGAGUCGGGGGUGAAGGUGAUGAGACUGGAGAAGAAGGUGGGCGGGGCGGAGGAGGAGUGUGCCCGUAAGGUGGCCCUGGAGAGGGAGGAGACGGCCAAGUUCAGAGAGGCCCUCAACCUUCAGGAGAUGAAGUUCAACAAGACGAUUGAGAUCCUUCAGGGAGACAUCGAGGCGCUGGAGAACGAUAAGCUGGCGGCAGAGAGGAAGUUGGACCAGGAGACACAGAAAGCCAUGCGGGUGGACACUCCCUCCACUCGUAGGCUCCGUGGCGCCUCCUUCGGGAACACCCUCGGCCUUCAAGAGGGGCGGAGCGGGGCGGAGGGUGCGGCUGGGGCACAGCAGCCCGGGGCUCAGCAGGCGUCCGUCGAUGCAGCGGCAGCCUCUCCUCUUCUGCUGGCCAGGGUGGACUCGCUGUCAAAGGCACUCAGUUUCUCUCAACAUGAGAACCUUGCUCUCAAGGCUCAGAUAGCCAAGGCUCAGUUGAGUGGGCUGGCCCCGCUGGUGGUCCCCAAACGUCUACUGCACCGGGGGAGAGGGGACAGAGGUGGUGGUGGGAAAGAGGGAGAGGGAGGAGGAGGAGGCGGAGUCGAACUAAACCAGACCGACCAGGAGAAGACAGUUGCCAAGAACACCGCCAGUCUGUUACAGGAGUUGAACAGCAUGGCAUUCACUAAAGUCAUUGACAUCACACAGAAAGAUGGGCCAAGCCCGAGAGAGAAACUGGCGAACCAGUUGGCGUCGGUUCUUGAAAUGAAACGUCGACAACAGAAGGUGGUGGAGGAAGGGCAGCGUCUGAUGGCAAGCCACCACAUCGGUGGUAUGGUCUCCACUCGCGUCACUGGCUUCCCCUCUCCUCAGUUCCUCAAGGCUCUCGGUGAAGGUGCCCCCACAUCUGGACCUACCGCUCGUCUGAGACUGCCGGCUACACGAGACGGAGGAGGAGGCGGGAGAGUUCAAUCUCUUUUUGUCAGCCCCGCCCAGUUAGCAGCACUGCAUUCAGCUGUCAUUGGAUAAUAGCGGGCUGAAGUCAGCAACUAACUGGUGCAUGCCGAGGCCGUAAACAUUCAUGGUGUAGAGUUACAUACAACUGUGGAACAUGUCAAUCAUGUUACACUGUGUAAGUUACAACUGUACAAUU